GAAACAUGAGGCACCGGUAAUGUUUAAAUCGACUUGCUUGACAACGGGACUCGGGGCUUUAACGACAGCAAAUCAUAUGGUUCAGUUGUACAAUUCCUGUUUACAAUGUAAAAAUGGCGACUCUAGCAUACUAUCGGAAACCAGUGAAUGCCAUCCCUAUGCCCAGGGUGGAAUAUGUUAACACUGAGACACGGGUUGGGGACGAGCUUGUGGUCCCAGGGCUCCAGAAAGAUCUACAAGCAUUCUAUGACAAGGCGGAGACUGAAGCUGACCGCGCCAAAGCUUUAGAACUCUUAGCGUCAUUUCAUCUGGGAGGGAGUGAUCCCCCGCCCCCGCGCCCGGCCACGGCCUUACCGGCAUAUGACUCCGAUGAUGACGAUAAAAUCGAAACUGAAGGUAGGAAAGAAAGCUACUACACGAUGAAUCCUUAUCAAACCACGUAUGGCAGGGACUACCCAGUGAAGGAACCAAAAGACACCAUAGCAAUCAGACCUCAGAGUUCACAAGGUUUUACAGCCUCACACCCCCUUGAAGGCCCCAUUGGUGAAACACACUACACUGAAGAAUUUCAUGAGAAACCCAACAGACCUGCCACUCCCAUUAGGAGUGGAACAGCAUCAGGUGCUAGGAGGAAUAAACCACACCCAUUGGAAUCUUUUCUAGUCUGGCGAUUUCCGUCCAAUGCCAAACCGGAGCAGCAAUCUAGUCCCUGGUCUGAGGAGCUGACGGACGAGAUGAUAGGUCAGGUCCACAAACGACUGUGUCAGUCCACAUACCAGAACGACUACCUAGGGAUACCACAAGGCUUUCAAGUGAAGAGGGCUUACACUCUGCCCCCGGACUGGAAGGCUAAUGUUCCAUACACCUUAGACACCGUGGCCAGGUACUCUUACCAGAAACCCAACCCACAGGAAGAACUGCAGGUCCCCAUCAACAGAUACGGGAGCAACAGGAAAAAGCCAGUAGCCGCUACAGGCACAAUUCCCACCGCUUCAACACGAUUUUACCAUAUUAAAGGAAGAACUACAUACGAUCGCCAUUUUAACGACAACGCCGAAAAUGUCGUCACACAGAUCAAGGAAGUAGGUCAAAAACUGGAACAUGAAGCACUACAGAAAUAUAUGGAAAAAGCUGAAAGUCAAGAAAAGGACACAAUAAACCGACUUCUGAACGCGUACCAGAAGGGAGACGGGCUCAGCCCUCGUCCCCCUUCACGCAUGACCAUGCGCUCAGAAGUCCCACCUGUUAGCACACCUUCUUCAUUUGCUAGUAAAAACCUUCCUCGCACUCCAAGUUCUGCGCGGUCGGACACAAAACCUCCCACCCAUCCAUUGUACAAACAACCAAAACAUGUACCAGUCAACAAACCACGUGGAAAGUACCCGGAUCUCAGACAUCCAUCACGAUCUCCCUCCGCAACCUCAGCAACACCCGUGACGUCUUUCAAGUACACCAAACGGGAGUCUACCUCUUCCACGGGCAUAAAGACGCCACCCCAAAUCACAGACUUUGAUAUUGAUGUUGCUUUACACACGCUGCAGAACCCGGAUACACCAAAAUCAUUGCCUAUCAACUGUUAUUCCCCGGGAUACAAUCUCUCUUAAAAAGCACCCUGCACUAUAAACUCUCUUCAUUUAACAGUACACCUUUAUUUGAAUACUCCUUAGGGGCAAUAAAAAUUCAUUCAACUUCAUUUUAUUUUAGAAAAUGAAUUCCAUAUUGCUUUUUAUCGUUUUUUGUUGGUUUGUUUAGCGCUAUGGAAUUUGUAGUAGGAGCUUGCAUCAUUUUAAUUUUUUAUUUAAAGAGUUGGUGCCAAUUUUUACAUCUGUGAUAUAUAUA